AUGGCCCCCCUUCGAACAGCCGCCGCCUUCGCGGCGGUGGUCUUGGCCGCCCACGUCCAGGCCACCGAGGUGCCUCUCCCGCCCUGUCUUGACCCCUUCCAGCCCUUCGUCUACUCGGGCUGCUUCCAGGAGACCAGCAACACGCAGCUGCUCCCCUACCGCAGCCCGUCCACGCCCGACAAUAUGACCGUCGAGGAGUGCGUGGCCGAGUGCAAGGGCAAUGGCUACCGCUACGCCGGACUCGUCUACUACGGCGUGUGCUACUGCGGCCAGACCGUCAACGGGCCUCAGGUGGACGAGACGCAGUGCAACUUGCCGUGCAAGGGGAACGAGACGGAGACAUGUGGUGGGAAUGGUAUCUUCUCGGUGUACUCUGACCCGACUUUCUUGCCGGUUGAGGAUGUUACCAUUGAGGAUUAUCAUGCCCUGGGGUGCUGGACCGACGACUCCAGCAUGGGCCGUGCCUUGGUCUACCGUCAGGAUCAGGUUGCGAGCGCCUCCUUGACGACGAAGUCGUGUCUGCAGGCCUGCCGCGAUGGCGGUUAUCCCUUUGCUGGUACCGAGUUUGGUGGCGAAUGCUACUGCGGCGUGGUCAUCGGCAACGACACAUACACAGCGCCCGCAGAGGACUGCAGUAUCCCCUGCAACGGCGACUCGACCGAGAUUUGCGGCGGUCGUGGACGUCUGAACCUGUUCGUCGCCCACGAGCUGCAGUCUCUCGAACCGUGCGGCUACGAGCCGCCUGUCUCCAGCAGCACCACCACGGCAUCAACGUCAACCACUACGCCCCCUCCGGAGACCUCCACCACCGUCACGGUCACCACCACGACCAAGGCCACCACCACCACCAGCAGCGUCUGCACCACCACCACCGUGAUCCCCCCGACCUGCGAGUACAAGUGCGGCAAAUGGUGCUCGUCCCCGCUCCCCGACUGGGACGACGUCAAAACCUGCAAGCACGCCUGGUCCAACUGCGCCGUGCAAGUCGCCUCCUGCUUCAAAGGCGCCGGCUGGCCCGACGUGCUGGACUGCUUCGAUUUCGGCGCCUGGUGCGGCGACGUCGCAACCUACUGCGACAGCAACCCGCGCGGCGGCUGCUUCAAGGGCGAUUUCUGGGGCAAAAAGCCCCCCAAGCCGGGCCACGGCAACCCGCCCAAGACCGUAACCGUCACCACCGCCUGCCCAACCACCACCGCCACCAAGACAACCACAACCACCAAGGCCACCACCGCAACCACCACCCCCACGCAAUGCCCCAUCCCAACCCCAACCAACAUCUGCAUCCAACCCUCCAGCAAACUCUACAACUACGGCCCCGGCCAUCCCGUCGGCGGCAUCGCCCUGCCCAUCGUCACCUGCAACGACCUCGCCGCUGACUGGCCCGCCUACCCUUUCAAGGGCUACACCGACCCGGACAGCCGGCGGUGCAAGAAAUACCCGCGCAACCAGUGCACCAAUGCCUGCGCUGAUGCGUGCCGGGAGCAGUAUGAGGAUUGUGUGGAUGUUUAUGCGCAGGGGUGUAAGACGAAGCCGACGGGGUGGUGGGUUCGUGGGAGGGGGGUGGCUGCUGAGGAGCGUGGGGAGCGUGGGAUGGACUUCUCGCCGGUGCAGAGACGGACGUUGUUGGGGUGGGGUGAUGAUUACACCGGGGCGGUUGUUAAGUGUAGGGCGCAGUAUGCGGAUUGUUUGAGUGAGAAUAGGGGGGUUACGGGGGCGGGGAAGUGUCCUAAGUUUGGGGGGUGGUAG